AUGGAAAGCCAUCACAGCUGCUGCCCUCCACCAGCUCCUUUUUUUUUUUUUUUUUUCCAAAUACAGCUCUUAGGCAGACAUUUGAAGAUUUUAGGCCAUUGCUGUUUUGUCAGUGUGAAUGAUUUGUUGUGGUCUUCAAAACACCAUCAUUAUAACGUGUGGGAAAACUUUGGUCAUAUUCCGUUUCCUCUGUUGUUGAUAGACCAAGCUCCGAAGCGACACAGAGGAAAUGGUGAGCAAAGCAAGGAGGAGGACAUACUGACUCUUGAGAUUGAUCUCCAUGAGAAGGCUCCUCCUGGCUAUAAAGGUUCAGCGCGGCCUGGAUUCAACAAAGCCCAGCAGGCCAGCGCCCAGCAGCAGAGCGAUGAUAAAACAGAGCUUCGGAAUGAUGACAGCAGCGUGUUCGUGAGCAACCUGUCGUACACCCUGGAUGAGCCCGAGGCCAGAUUGAGGACUCUCUUUGAGACAUGUGGAACCGUCAAACAGAUUCGCCUCGUCUCCACCAACAAAGGGACCUUCAAGGGUUACGGCUAUGUGCAGUUUGAAAGCUCUGAAUCCGUCUCUGAAGCCCUCAAACUCGACAGACAGCAAGUGGAGGGCAGGCCUAUGUUUGUGUCACCAUGUGUAGACAAGAACAAGAACCCGGACUUCAAGAUGUUCAAGUACAACACAGCAAUGGAAAAACACAAAAUCUUCAUCUCUGGGCUACCAUUUUCCUGCACCAAGGAGCAACUGGAAGAACUAAGCAAGAAUCACGGCACCCUCAAGGAAGUUCGUCUUGUGACAUUCCGUUCAGGAAAGCCCAAGGGUUUGGCGUAUGUUGAGUUUGCAGAUGAAGCCCAGGCUUCUCAGGCAGUGUUGAAAAUGGAUGGCAUGUAUGUGGAGGGGAACAAAAUCUCUGUUGCUAUUAGCAACCCUCCUCGCAGAAACACCAGCAAACCUGGGCCCAGUCUGCCCACCACAAACCCGACGCCUCACCAGGUCCACGGCUCGAGAGGGAGAGGGCGCACACAAUUGUCAUUGCUCCCUCGCUCUCUGAAUCGCCAAAGUGGGUCAGCAAGCAAAGUGGAGAAUGGGACUGCGUCUGAUGAAGGUGCCGGAGAUGCAAAGCCUUUGUCCAAUGCAGACUUUGCUAAAAUGCUUCUGAAGAAGUGAAGAAAGAGGCUUGCUGGUUUCACAUGGAAAGCCAUCACGUGAUCCUUGCAAAAUUCAGUAUUUUGAGACUUUGACUUUCUGCAAAUGUCAGCCUUCUCGUCAUUUUUCCUGCGAGAUUGCCUUAACUGCAGAGCUGCUGCCCUCCACCAGCUCCUUUUAACCAAGAACACCUUUGACCCUUGUCAUUUUUACUCUUCCUUCCCGUUUCUGGCUGUGUUUAAAUGUUGCCGUCAGGUUUUAUUAAAUACGUGUGUAAUACAAGUGUGUAAAUAUGUUUGAAAAUUUGUAGACGCCAUUUUCCCAACCUCAACCUUUUGUUAUUUCAGUGGGACAUUGGAUUCACAACAAUGUGUUAAGCAAUGUGUAGAAUACUGUGUGUGUGUGUGUGUGUGUGUGUGUACAUACAAGAUAAUACCUAUCAGCUUACUAACAGAAUUGUAAAAAAAAUAAAUAAAAUUUGACUGUGGAUUUAAAGACAAUCAUUUCAACAGUUAAAUGAUAAAUGGUCCACCAAUCUCUUUUGUCAGGCAACUUUUGGUUUGACUUAAAAAUGUCACAAUUUAAGAGUCAUAAUAAAUUGACUGGCUGAGGCUGACUU